UUGUGGUUUAUUUCGCCCGUUUAUUCUCCACGUCGUUUACAAACCGCAAGCAGCAGGGAAAAGAAAUUGUUGUAAAACAAGCAAACAAACGACGAUCCUCAUCCUACCAGCACCGUUACAGAACGCGUCUUACAAAUUCCCUUUUUUUGGCUCUCGGUGACAACCAUUUUUAGCAGUGCCAACCGAUCGGACCCGAAUCCCACUGCCUAUCAACGCUCAGUGUCGUGUUCGGGGUGCCGAUCUUCGAGUCCCAGAAAAAAGGGGGGAAAACGUUUGAUUCCAAACAUCCGUGUAGUUUAGUUUUGUAAAACGAUUAAUUGCCGACAACUUCAUUACAAGCUUGGGGCCAGACCGCGCACGUCGAUACUGUUGUUGCGUCAGCACGCUUCGGUUUCGGGAACGACGCCGAAAAUUAUUUAAAAAAAAAAAAACGCAGUAGCAAAGUGUUCGUGCCCCGGUCGAGUCGAUCGCCCCAAGCCCCAGACCAGAGUGCAUCAUGCGGUUACCUUCGUGCAGCAUAAACCCGGUGCCGUUCGAUCGAAACACACUCUCGCUGCCAUAAGACUGAACGCUGAGACCGGCGGUGCGAGCUUACACAACGGUGCCUUUUUUUUUGAAGACGCAAAAAUCCGCACGGUGAGCUUUUUUUGCCCCCGGGUUGGGAUGUAGUGCACCGUGUCCGGUGCCAGUGGUUGGUGUUACAGGUCGAUCUUGAAACGUGCUAUCAACAUAUCGACCGCCGGCAUUCCUUAUCAAUUGUGCUGGGUGUGUGUGUGUGUGUGCGUGAUCGUGUGAAUAGUGUAAGUGAACGUCAAACAAACAAAAAAACCAGGAAGAAGAAACAGAAAAGUGCGUCAAACAAAAAUGGCCAAAGUCGGUGAUGUGGACAACCGGCCGGUACAGCAGGGCUUUCGGCGCGAAAGUGAUGAGGGCAAGGCGGUGGCCGGCACGUCCGAAAGCCCCGACGCUGGCGGCGGCGGUGGCAUCGAGAUGAAGAAGGAGCUUGGCCUGAUGGAUGGAGUGGCGAUCAUCGUGGGCGUGAUCGUCGGUGCCGGCAUCUUCGUCUCGCCCAAGGGUGUGCUGCUCUACUCCGGCUCGAUCGGUGUGGCCAUCAUCGUGUGGAUACUGUCCGGUGUGCUGAGUAUGGUCGGUGCGCUGUGUUAUGCCGAGCUGGGCACCAUGAUUCCCAAGUCGGGCGGUGAUUACGCGUACAUCGGUGAAGCGUUCGGUCCGCUGCCAGCGUUCCUGUACCUUUGGGUGGCACUGCUGAUUCUCGUCCCGGCCGGCAAUGCCAUUACCGCGAUCACGUUCGCCCAAUAUCUGCUGCAGCCGCUGUGGCCCACCUGCGAACCGCCGUACGAGUCGGUGCGCUUGCUAGCCGCCGUUAUAACCUGUCUUCUUACCGCGAUCAACUGUCGAAAUGUGAAAUGGGUCGCCCGGGUAACGGAGACGUUCACGGGGAUGAAGGUGUUGGCCCUGCUCGUCAUUACCGGUGCCGGUGCGUGGCAUCUGAUGAGUGGCAACACGGAGCUGCUCGAGGCCCCGUUCGCCAACUCCAAGAUACAGCCCGGCUUCAUUGCGGUCGCUUUCUACAACGGGCUGUUUUCGUACUCGGGCUGGAAUUAUCUCAACUUUGUCACGGAGGAGCUGAAAGAUCCCUACCGCAAUUUACCCCGCGCCAUCUGCAUCAGCAUGCCGGUCGUCACUGUCAUCUAUGUCAUCACGAACAUCGCCUACUUUGCGGUGCUACCGCCGGACGAGAUGCUUUCCUCGCAGGCCGUCGCGGUUACAUUUGCGGAGAAAAUGCUCAGCUUCAUGGCCUGGACGAUGCCACUGUUCGUGGCGUGCUCUACCUUCGGCUCGCUGAACGGUGCCAUCUUUGCCUCGUCGCGACUGUUCUUUGUGGGCGCCCGAAACGGACAUCUGCCGGCGGCACUUUCACUGAUCAACAUUAACUGUCUGACACCGAUACCUUCAUUGCUGUUCUUGUGUGCCCUUACGCUUCUGCUGCUGUUCAUUCGCGAUGUGUUUGCGAUCAUCAACUACGUCAGCUACGUGGAGAUCUUGUUCAUCUUCAUUUCCGUUGCCGGUCUGUUACGGUUACGGCAGAAGGCUCCCGAUGCACAUCGACCCAUCAAGGUGUCCCUGAUCGUUCCGAUCGUGUUCUUACUGACGGCUGGAUUUUUGGUCAUCUUCUCGGUGUUUGAGUCGCCGAUGGAGGUCGGCAUCGGUACGCUCGUCAUACUGCUGGGCAUUCCCGUGUACUACGUCACGAUCGGGAAACCGUGGCGCUGGCUGACCCAAAAGUCGCAAUCGUUCAAUCGAUUCUGCUCCAAACUGUUCCUAUGUAUGCCGAACAGCGAAAAGCUCGACUAGGAUCUGAUGGUCUAGGCGCAUCCGCAAACAAAGCCACCCGUGUAUCAAGCCCAAACAUUAAUCUCAACGAAGGACAGUCCGAUGCCCGGUCGAAUAGCGCCCUCUUGCUCACAUAUCAUUCGUACUGUGUAUAUAGAGAAAAUACUUUGCAUGGAUAGCUACAGCAACAACAAACAAACAAAAAACGCUAAAAUGAUAUGUUACAACAGCAAAAACAUCAUUGAAAAAAACAACCCCAUAAUCAACGUAAUUGCCUUCUCUCAAGCGCUCUUUCCACUGUUUUGUCGUGUCGAAUCGAUUUCUUAGGUGUAAGACUUUAAUCUUAUGAGUGAAGAAACUGAUACAGCAACCCGGAAGCUCAACGUUGGCCUAUUUCGAUUGGCGUGUGUGAUCGUUUCACUUUGAAGCUACAAUACGACGGAGGAUUUCAAGUUUAGAGCGCUUUUCGCACGACGCCUUAACUGUAGUAUGCAUGAAAUAGAAAUUACAAUAGUCAAUUUACAGUUUGUACAGGUUAGAUAGGCAGGGAGCAAUUUAUAAGAUUGCAGAGCUAAAAGAGAACGAAUUACGAAGAUUAGUUAAGUCAUAUUUAUCUGCUCUUUCAAUCUGCCUUCAAAAUCGAACGCUUCUGAUAAUGGCUGGUCGAGUGCAACGGUUAACAGCGAAAAGUUUGAUUGCUCCAAAGUCCCCUUGAGGGAUUGCUUCCAGCGACGGGAUUUUCCGGAGUUGUUGUGCACAAAUAAUAUUCCAUGAUAUGCUGCUCAAUGAAUAUCUACACUGAUUUACACACAAACCUAAUCUCUUACACACACACAGACACAGACACAGCAAGACAUAACAGAACGAACCAAGACUGUUAUUCGACUACAUUUGAAUAAGGGAUUUUAUACAAUAAAUAUAUUUCGAUUUGUAAGAUGUUUGUAAUUUACACGCCAAUAAUUAAUAAAAUGAAGAAUGAAAAGAUCACCUGAUUAAA